AUGGUUGAUGUAUCAAUGGUAGAUACAGAAGCUGGCAGCGGAUUUAAUUAUGCAGCGCAAUACGGUGUACGACGUGGAUCAGAGCGAACUGAUGUUUAUCGAACACAAUUUGGAUCGUUAAGCGCUGAUGAAUAUCUUACGCCAAUGAUACAAACGAACCAACGAACUGAUGGUAAUGUUGCUCGACGCCUAUCAAGAAAUUCAUUUCUUAUUCCACGACAAAAUUUAGUACGUCGACAUACUGAUGAACGUGAUGAUUAUCGUAAUUCAUCACGUCAUAAUCGACAAGAUAUUCAAUCUAAAACAACUCAACGAACACAACCUUUACCGUCAUCGAUAUCAAAUAUGGAUCGACAUUUUUCAGCAGGCGGUCAUUCUCGUUCAGACGGAUAUGAUCUCAAAGAUAGUCGUGAAGAAUCAGGCUAUAUUUUUUGUUUUCUUAUCAUAUUGAGUUAUAUACUUGUCGUCAUUACAUUUCCAUUGUCAUUGUGUUUUUGUUUAAAAGUUGUACAAGAAUAUGAACGAGCUGUUAUUUUUCGGCUAGGUCGAAUCUUAGCUAAUGGAGCACGUGGACCUGGCUUGUUUUUUAUCUUGCCAUGCAUUGAUACGUACAGCAAAGUUGACCUUCGAACAGUGACUUUUGAUGUUCCACCACAAGAAAUUUUAACACGAGAUAGCGUUACCGUUGCUGUUGAUGCUGUUGUUUAUUUUCGAAUUUUUAAUGCUGUUAUUUCAAUCACCAAUGUUGAAGAUGCAGCUAAAUCAACAAAACUUCUGGCAGCAACAACCCUCCGAAAUGUUUUGGGUACUAAAACGCUUCACGAAAUUCUUGCUGAACGUGAUAAAAUCGAUACACUCAUUCAGACUAGUCUUGACGAAGCUACUGAUCCAUGGGGUGUUAAAGUUGAACGUGUCGAAGUAAAAGAUGUACGUUUACCUGUCGCAUUACAAAAAGCUAUGGCAGCUGAAGCUGAAGCGUCACGAGAUGCACGUGCAAAAAUCAUUGCGGCUGAAGGCGAAAUGAAAGCAAGUCGAGGUUUAAAAGACGCUGCCGAUAUUCUCAACGAAUCACCUAUUGCUUUACAAUUAAGACUUUUACAAACUUUAACACAGAUUGCUGCCGAACGUAAUUCAACAAUCGUCUUUCCUAUUCCUGUCGAAAUUUUACAGGCUCUAUCACGAAAGUAA